CCACUGCCGGGCAGUGUCGCGCCACCGCGCCCUUAUGAGAACACCUCGCGACUCCUUAUCAAUACUUUAUUGACUGACUGACUAACCAAAUAAUCAAGGAAAUAUGACUCAAAAUUUAUGUGACAAAUAUUGAUUAUUAAGGAAAUUUUAUUAGAAGAUGUUUGACGGCCGGUGAUUUUCUUAUUUAAAGUCUAAAUCUGAGCAUCGAAAAAAAAUAUAACAUCUAAUUAGUCUGGUCUCUACAAUCAUAAUGCGAAUAUUAAUUGUAUCAUUUUUUGCCCUGGCAUUAUUUCAAGCUCCAGAACUGACGAAAGGCGAAGACUUCGGAUAUGAUGGAGUUACAGGGCCGAUGCACUGGGGCGAGCGAUACCGCGAGUGCGCGGGCAAGCACCAGAGUCCCAUCAACAUCAACGUGCUGAGCGUGAAACAGGUCACGUUGCCCGACAUCGUGUUCAUCGGCUUCGAUGACUCCAUAGAUGGCGUGCACGUCACCAAUAACGGACACACAGUACUAAUCGAGGUGGAGAACGAGCCGCACCCUCGAGUGCGAGGGGGGCCUUUGGAGGGGGACUAUGUCUUCAGCCAGAUGCAUUUUCACUGGGGCGACAACGACACGUUCGGCUCCGAGGAUAAAAUUAAUCACAGAAGUUUUCCUAUGGAGCUGCACAUGGUUUUCUUUAAAGAAGAAUAUAAUACAACUUUCGAAGCUGUACAGCAUUCUGACGGCUUAACAGUUCUUGCAUUCUUUUACGAGUUGGACCGUCAUCAGCACCCGGCCUACGACGACAUAACCUCGGCGCUGCGGAACGUGACGGAGCCCCACACUAGCGUCGUCAUGCAGCACCCCUUCUCUUUCCUCAACAUCCUUCCUUACGACCUUCGCCGCUACUUCACCUACAGAGGCUCCCUCACCACUCCGCCUUGUUCCGAGGUCGUCAUAUGGCUGGACUUUGAACAACCCAUUCGAUUAGCACAUGAUCAGAUAGAAGCUUUCAGAGAGUUGAAAUCAGCCCAUGGGAAAAUAACACACAAUUUUAGACCGAUCCAGCCCAUCGGCGACCGAGUGGUGUACUACAACAUAGACAACAAUUACUUUAGCUACAACGAAAUCGACGAGCCUACAGAAUCAACAACGACUUCACGACCACAUCGUAGGAGGAAGGGUAACAACGCGGGCCGACCUAGUUAUCACGGAAUUCUUGCUUUUGUAAUGAUAGCUGUUUACAUCUAUAUA